AUGUCGGCAGCAGGUCCAGAGCUCCCUCCACACCUCCUGGCCAAGAGAAAGCGUCAACAAGAAGACGCACAGAAGGAUGAACCCUCUACUUCUUCCGGCGCAAACCAAGAGAGUCCGAAGCGCCAAAGAGUUACAGGUCCAGAACUCCCACCAUCAGCCUCGGCGACACCAGCAGGACCCGCUUUACCACCAAACGUCUCCUCACCUUCAGUCGGUCCUACGUUGCCGCCCUCAGAACCACAACCUGUCCGACCUGUUGCUGGCCCUGCACCGCCGCCAGCUCCUCUUGAUGAGCGUCCACCUGCACCUCUAGACUCCGACGACGACUCCGACGAUGAUGGCUACGGCCCAGCUCUGCCUACCGCUGCCGAUCUAAACCCAUCGUCCAACGCCGGACCAUCGAUACCACAAGAAACAGCAGCUCCUGUCAGAGCCCAGCGCGACGAAUGGAUGACACUGCCUCCCCAGCAAGAUGACCUGGCUGCUCGUAUGGAUCCCUCCAAGAUGCGUGCAAGAGGCUUCAACACUGGCAAGAACGCAAGAGGUGGAAACACAACUCCCGCUGGAGGAAACAUUGCCGCCGCAUGGACGGAAACACCAGAAGAGAAGCUCAAGCGUUUGCAAGACGAGGCUAUGGGUGUCAAGCCUGCUACUGCUGGACACAUUGAUGCCAAAGAAGCUGCCAGGAAUAAGGAGAAAGAGGCAGAGGCGAGACGCAUACGUGACCAGACUGACAAGGCAAGAGGGCCAUCACUAAUGGCACAGCACAAAGAAUCAAAUCCAGAGAACAAGGACGACGAUCCAAGCAAACGAGCCUUUAACAGGGAGAAGGAUAUUGGCGGUAGCUCCCUCGGUCUUGUCGACAAGAAGGACCUGCUCAAUAAGGCUUCCAACUUUGGUUCUAAGUUCUCUGGCGGUGGCUAUCUGUAA